CAGUAGCCUGUGCUGGAGUCUGGAGCCAGGUUCUCCAGUUUCUGGGUGCUGCUUAUGCCCCCUAGAGGCAGUCCAGGGUGCUGGGGCACAUGCCCGUCAUGUGGCCACCCUGAGGAGGAGGGGCGAGUUAAAAGAUUCAGAGAAAGGCUCCAUUCUUCCCCCGACCUCAGCCCACCCUGGCUUGGGGGAGGCAGGGGACCAAGAAACUGGGAGGUGCUAAGUUUAGCAUUGUCUCUAUCCGAGUCACUUCCCAGGAGGAGGCAGCGAGGGCAGCAGAAGGCUGGGCUCCUUUACACAGGUAGCGAGACUUCAUGAGCAGAGCUCAGAGUCUCAGCCAGGAAGAGUCUAGACUCUGCUUGUGCCAUGCGAAGGCUGACCUGUCCGGCCGGAAAGAGGGCAAGUGUGAAGGAAAGUUGGAGAGCGCCCAGAUGGAAAGAGGCAGGGUGUGAGGAGCGGCAGAGACCCCUGAUGACACCAUGAGCCCACCAGGACACCGGGAGGCUGAUACCACCUGGAGCUGAAGGCUCCCCUGACUGCUUCCGACUUCCUGGACAAGACUAUGCCCACUCAGGGACCCCAGAAGAGGCUUCUGGGUUCUCUCAACUCUACCUCCACAGCCACCCCUCACCUUGGACUGGCCACCAACCAGACAGGGCCUUGGUGCCUGCAGGUGUCUAUCCCAGAUGGCCUCUUCCUCAGCCUGGGGCUGGUGAGUCUGGUGGAGAACGUGCUGGUCGUGAUAGCCAUCACCAAAAACCGCAACCUGCACUCACCCAUGUAUUGCUUCAUCUGCUGUCUGGCCCUGUCUGACCUGAUGGUGGGUAUAAGCAUCGUGCUGGAGACUGCUAUCAUCCUGCUCCUGGAGGCGGGGGCCCUGGUGACCCGGGCUGCCUUGGUGCAGCAGCUGGACAAUGUCAUGGACGUGCUCAUCUGUGGCUCCAUGGUGUCCAGUCUGUGCUUCCUCGGCGUCAUCGCCAUAGACCGCUACAUCUCCAUCUUCUACGCCCUGCGUUACCACAGCAUUGUGACACUGCCCCGGGCACGACGGGCCAUCGUGGGCAUCUGGCUGGCCAGCGUCUCCUUCAGCACCCUCUUUAUCACCUACUACAAUCACACAGCUGUCCUCAUCUGCCUUGUCACUUUCUUCCUCGCGAUGCUGGCACUCAUGGCCAUUCUGUAUGUCCACAUGCUCACUCGAGCGUGCCAGCAUGCACAGGGGAUCGCCCGGCUCCACAAGAGGCAGCGCUCCGCCCGCCAAGGCUUCUGCCUUAAGGGUGCCGCCACCCUCACUAUCCUUCUGGGGAUUUUCUUCCUAUGCUGGGGCCCCUUCUUCCUGCAUCUCUUACUCAUCGUUCUCUGCCCUCAGCACCCCACCUGCAGCUGCGUCUUUAAGAACUUCAACCUCUUCCUCGUUCUCAUCAUCUUCAGCUCCAUCGUUGACCCCCUCAUCUAUGCUUUUCGCAGUCAGGAGCUCCGCAUGACACUCAGGGAGGUGCUGCUGUGCUCAUGGUGA